UGGUCCCGCCCUUCCGGGGGAAGGUUGACGUUGUGAAUCUCCACCCACGAACUUCCUCUUUCCCAGCGGCCGCCAGCAAGAGACACCAUGAAGGCGUCUGGCACACUUAGGGAAUACAAAGUGAUUGGGCGCCUGCUGCCCUCAGCCAAGAACCCCACCCCUCCGCUGUACCGCAUGAGGAUCUUCGCCCCAAACCAUGUGGUGGCCAAGUCCCGCUUCUGGUACUUCGUCUCCCAGCUGAGGAAGAUGAAGAAGGCCUCCGGAGAGACCGUGUACUGCGGACUGGUCUUUGAGAAGUCCCCGCUCAGGGUGAAGAACUUCGGCAUCUGGCUGCGCUACGACUCCCGCAGCGGCACCCACAACAUGUACCGCGAGUACCGCGACCUCACCACCUCCGGCGCUGUCACUCAGUGCUAUCGGGACAUGGGAGCCCGCCACCGUGCCCGCGCCCACUCCAUCCAGAUCAUGAAGGUGCAGGAGAUCGCCGCCAACAAGUGUCGCCGACCUGCCAUCAAGCAGUUCCACGACUCCAAGAUCAAGUUCCCCCUGCCCCACAGGGUCCUGCGUCGCCAGCACAAGCCCCGCUUCACCACCAAGAGACCAAACACCUUCUUCUAAAGGAAGUGCUCCUUACCUUUCAGAUGCUCUUGUCAAUAAAUGAAAAAAGAAAACAAA